AUGUUUGGUUCGCUGAGUUUUGGUUUAUUUGAAGCAAUGGUCGUUCUGAUGGGUGCUCUACACAAAUUAGAAAUGACGAAUAUCGGUAUUGUCGUGUUUGGAAAGGAAGUAUGUUUAGUGAAGACGAACGAACAAACUUGGAGAAAUGCAAGUAUUUUUACACUGAUGCAACAACUUCGUUUCAAUAUUGAAAAUGACACACGAGAUGCUGAUGCGCUCGAAGUUGCCAUUGAUCUACUCAAUCAAUCGACGACACGAGGUGAAAAGAAGAUAUUUAUCAUUACUGAUGGUUAUGGCAAUUGUGGCAAUCGAUUGGCCCUUGUUCAACAACGUGCUGAAAGGGACGGCAUCGAUCUAGUAGCAAUGGCUUUCGGCAUUGAUCAAUCCAAUCUAAACUCUGUGUACAAACGAUAUUUACAUUGUACUACCGUUAAAGGAUUGCCCAGAGCUUUGCGAUCAUUAUUUGAACAAGAGCACCAAAUACUGGCCAUUGAAUGGCCACCGAAACCAAUCGAAAAUAAACGUACUACAACAGAAGAAGAGAAAAAAAGUCUUUUUGAAAAUCUUGAAGCGAAGAAGAUUUUCGAUCAGAUGGUCAAAGAACUAGCCAGUGAACGUCAAAUAAUGACAUUGAACAGUGGAACUCCACCGACAAAUCUUACCGUGGAUAUUUGUUUCUGUCUCGAUUGCACUAGUAGUAUGUCACGAUGGCUUGAAGCAACGAAGAACCAGAUGAUAUCAAUCAUUGACAGUAUUCACAAGUUGAUUCAGAAAGAUUAUCCAUCACUCAAACUCCGAUUACGCUUCGCUAUUGUCGCCUAUCGAGAUCUAAAUGAUAGGCCAACAUUUAUACCAUGUAACUUUACUGAACAUACAGCAGACAUUAUCAAGUUUCUUAAUGAAUUAAAAGCUACUGGAGGUGAUGACAUCCCUGAGGAUGUCCUUGGGGCAUUGGAUCAAUGUUUGAAAUUGAACUGGAGUGAAACGAAUGCCCGGUUUAUCAUUCUCAUUACUGACGCACCAGGUCAUGGACCAGAACUUAAUGAUAAUCCUGACAUUGACCAAUGUAAAGAGGGCAAUCGAACUCAUUCACUUCAAAGUAUCUGUGAUCGAUUGUUGACGAAAGAAAAAGCGUAUGAUUUGAUGUUCUGUCGUAUUAAACCCAAAGCAACAGAGAAAAUGGAGAAAGCAUUUGCUGCAGCUUAUGCUGCGAAGAAGGAUGAAGUAGACAAAACCUUCAAAACAGUUGAUUUAUUUGAUGAUCCUAAACAAGCUGAAAUUCAACGUUGUCAUUUUAUUUUUGUGCUCGAUGAAUCGGGUUCGAUGCGCUCUCACUGGAGAUCAUUAGAGCAAGCCUAUCAAACCUUUCUGGCUCGUCGGCGCAAUGAUCAGGGUGGUGACGACUUUAUCACUAUUAUUCAAUUCGAGUCUGCAGCACGAAUCACAUGUGAUCAUCAAUGUCUGAACAGUAAUCCAUCAUUAUCGCCAAUGAAAGGUGGAGAAACAAAUUAUUGCUCAGCUCUGGCUGAGGCGGCAAACGCUGUUUCGAACGAUCGUACGGCAUCAUCGAUUAUGUUGGUUUUUAUGUCCGAUGGUGGUGAUGGUAGCGGAGGAAAUCCUGUACAAAUCAUCAAACAACUGAAAGAGAACUCGCAGGCACAAAAGCAUAUUUUCGUAUGUCAUACUAUUGGUUUCGGUUCUGGUGUGAGUAAAGGAAGCAAUGAGGAGAAACUUUUGAAAGAAAUGGCCCUGGCAGGUGAAGGUAGCAUGUAUUCUGCACAGAACGCUGGUGAAUUGAAGGAUGUCUUCGGCACGAUUGCAGCGAAAAGCACAGCCAGUGAUGCAUUAAUCAAACGAUUCUCGGACAUUUUAGCUGAAAAUAUCAGCUUGAAAAUUACAACUGACUUCUUCUAAAGUGAUAUUGAUUUGAAAUUUCCUAAGACAAUAAAAUCAAAGAUUAUACGUAGAAAAUAAGCAUAUGUUUAGUUUUCUUUUUUCCCUGGUACAUGAGGUGAGUUAGGUGUGCGUGUGGGUGUGUGCGUGUGGAUGUGGGUGUGGGUGUGGGUGUGUGGGUGUGGGUGUGGGUGUGGGUGU